AUGGGUCGCAAGCCGAACCCACUCAUCCUCGAGUACUUCGAACGCGGCGCAAAACUCGAGGACUCCAGCAACCGCUACGCGCACACCUGCAAGUCAUGCGGAGAAAAGUUUCCCAAGGGCAGGAUAGACAGCCUCACCGCGCACCUCGUGAAGAAAUGUCCCGCGCUCUCGCUGCAGGACCGCCAGCGCGCGAUCCUGCAGUUCCAUGAACUACCAAACUUGGCCCCUCUUUCGGCUGAUGUCGCCAACGCCAUGAGCGCUAUGCAGAGAGCUUUACAAAACGAACAGACGGUGGAUUUGCCCUUUGCACCGCGCCAGGGCAUGUCUGCCUUGGAGACUCUCGCCGAGGUUUCAAGACAGCGGCUGGACCUAAACGGGCAGCACACGAACCUACAUGCAGGCGGUAGUGGGAGGCGGCUCUCUGUCGCGAGUGUGGGACAACCAACUGGCUUCACCGCGGAUGACUUUCUUGUCGAGGACGACAAGCGCCAUGUUUUUGCCGACAGCAGUGGCUUCGACCCUUCCAUUCAGACCCAUUUCGACACGUCCGGCGCACCACCGUUACCUUCAAUCCACAUAUACGGUGGUGCACAGCCCUCACCUGGCGCCUCACCUCACCUUCCAGGCCUCUCGCUCCCACCAAGCAGCGCGCCGACAGCGCAGAUGGUUCCCUCUCCUCUGCAGAUGGCAGCAUCAGCCGCAAGCGAGCUUCAGCAGGCGAUGAUGCCGAACAGCGGUCUGACAAUGGAGCCAGAGCUGGAAGUGCCUAAUGCUGGAAUCUCGGACAAGUUCUUCCAUCCGCAGCGCAGUUCGCCUUCGGCGUGGCCAAACAUGUCAAACAUCGACCCCUUAUUGCAAGGAAACGGAGUGGAACCUCCAGCACCGCAGCUUCAGGAACAGGUCGCGAAUACGAUGCCGCAGCAACCCAGAGCCAUAGCGGCAAACCCACUAGGGCUACGAGCGCAGCUCGGGCUACCGGCUCAUUUCACCACAGACUUCAGCAUAAACCAGAAGCCGGCUAAGCCAAAGGUACGAGGCAGGUUUUCAGACUCACGGCGAAAGGAGGUUCAGGAAGUCAGGAAGCGAGGCGCGUGUCUCAGAUGUCGCAUGUUGAAGAAGCCGUGCUCGGGCGACAGUCCUUGUAACACGUGCCAAAAUGUGGAAAGCGCUAGGUUGUGGAAAGCCCCCUGCAUCAGAACACGUGUUGCGGAAGAGUUCACUCUCUAUUCUGCAGGAUUGCACGCGGUUCAGUCAUUUCAUGCUGUCGGUCAGGUCAAGACACAGAUCCCCUUUGCCUCUGUGCCAGGACGCAUAGAAGCUACUCAUUUCCCUGAGACCUCGAUGUACAUUACUCUCACCGUCCUGAGAGGUCGCAAGGCUGAAGGAUCGACACUAGAUCCCGCCCUCUUCGAUGGUAACUCAAGGUCAAAUGAGUUUGCUGAGCUAGAGAUUAUCGAUACAGACAUCGACGACGUUUCUGGCAAAAUCGAGCAGUACAUCAAGCGAUUAACACCGACUUUUUGUGAGACCGAGUCGUCUUCGUUCAUGAGGCCUACUUUAACUCAAGCUUACAGCAUGAGCCAGAGCAGCAAGGACCGCCUUCUUAUUUCCGUGCUCGAGCUAUGGAUAGCAACCCGUAUCCUCGUGGAUCCAGACCUCCGCUGGCAGUUCUUCUUCAAUCCCGCCUUAGCACCCUCGACGGCCCCGGCAACUGUGGCCCAAGAGGACAUCAACGCCUCCUCCAACACCAGCCACCCCCGUCGCGCCAUCGAUCCAUCCACCCACCAAGACUCCUACAAUCUCAUACAUCUCCAGCUGCGCGCCGCAACGGAAAAACGUGCCGCGAACCUCAGCAAGUUCGUCAUGAACGACAUUGAGCGCCGGCUCCUCCAGCGCCAGCAGGCGAACCCAUUCGAGACCUUCCUCGUCGCCGUGAUCCUCCUCGCCUGCGUCGAGCGCAUGUGCUGGUAUUUCAAGACAUGGGAGAGCAGCGCGGCGCCCCAUUCUCCGACGGCUGAGGCGAAUGGCUCCAAGCCACAGCCCCCCGUCGAUGGCAACAUGACGUCUGAUUCGCGACCAACGCUCGCGCAACAGCUCCAGCAGCACGCCCAGCAGGACCGGCACCAGCAACCACCACCACCACCUCCUCCUCCUCCAGCCGCAGAAGCGCACUCCGCUCCCCAACCACGCUCUCCUCAACAUCCCCACCGCGCCCCCUGGCCCCUCGACAAGCCCCCAGCCCACUACUCCCAGCAAGCCGAGCGCUUCUCAGAUAUCCUGCACAUGCUUCUGCGCAUGCGCGGCGUCCCUCCCAAGACAGUCAGCACUGUAAUCGAACCGGGCAACGACGGCAUCCUGGCGGUGGCAGGCGAGGACGCGGAUCCAGCCGCGAAGCAGUGGUUCGAGAGCGUUGGGGUUAGCGAGCGGUGGGUGGCCGAGAGGCGGGAUGCGCGGUUCGAGGGCGUGAGCCCGGAGGAGUGGGAGGGGAAGUAUGUGGGCAAGAUCCUGGUGGCGGCUGGGUGA